ACGUAUCCAGCCAGAAGAAAGUAGAAGUGAACUGUGGGGGAGAGGAAAAAGUUCGCAAGGAGAGGCAGGACAACUCUUGGGAGCCCUGCAGUCUCACUUUAUGCCUCCAAAAUACUUUCUUUCCAGUUUAUUUGAAUCUAGCAAUAUUGCUAUAGUAUUUUCACAAGAAUAACCCAACUUUUUAAAAACUGAAACGACCAUGGAGCUGCUUUGCCUCGAAGUGGACACCAUCGUAAGAGCUAGUCCUGAUCCGAAUCUUCUGUGUGAUGACAGGGUAUUACAAAGGCUGUUGACCAUUGAAGAACGUUUUCUUCCACAAUGUUCUUAUUUCAAGUGCGUUCAGAAAGAUAUUCAGCCAUUUAUGAGGAGGAUGGUUGCGACUUGGAUGCUGGAGGUUUGUGAAGAACAGAAGUGCGAGGAAGAGGUGUUUCCCUUGGCAAUGAACUACUUGGACAGAUUUUUAGCCGCGGUUCCAACCAGAAAGUGUAAUCUGCAACUUCUUGGAGCAGUUUGCAUGUUCCUUGCAUCCAAACUGAAAGAAACUCGUCCAUUAACUGCAGAGAAACUCUGCAUCUACACUGAUAACUCCAUCAGACCACAGGAGUUGCUGGAGUGGGAGCUGGUGGUGCUGGGGAAGUUGAAGUGGAACCUGGCGGCUGUCACUCCAAAUGACUUCAUAGAGCACAUUGUGAGGAAGCUGCCUUUGCCCGAGGAGAAGUUAGUGCUGAUACGCAAACACGUGCAGACCUUCAUUGCCCUCUGUGCUACAGACUUCAACUUCGCAAUGUACCCCCCGUCCAUGAUCGCCACAGGCAGUGUGGGAGCGGCUAUCUGUGGCCUUCAGUUGGACUCGGGUGACCAGUCACAGUGGGGGGACAGUCUCACAGACCUGCUGGCCAAAAUCACCAACACUGAAGUGGACUGUCUGAAGGAGUGUCAGGAGCAGAUUGAGAGGGUUUUGGUGAGCAGCCUGCGCGAGGGGCGGCAGCAGCAACAGCAGCAGCAGCAGGUCCAGCGUGGCCCCAGCAGUAAGACCAUGGACGAGCUGGAUCAGUCCAGCACCCCAACGGAUGUUCGCGACAUCAACUUGUGAGCCUGCAAAGAGAAGCAGCGCAUCCGGAAUACGCAUCAAAUCAACAUAAAAAAACAACAAAAAACAAAAACGACAAAAACAAACUACCCCUUGAAAAGAAAUGCUUGCAAAAUAUUUUUAGAGAUUUUUUUAUUUUGUAAUAUAAAAACAUGCGCCCACGUAUUGUAUGAAAGGAAAGCUAUUUUUAGAUAUAAAAUAGAUAUACUUUAAAAGCUAUGAAUUGAUAUGAGGACGCUCUAUGGUGCCUCAGAUAUACAGAAGGCAAGCCAAUUAUAUGUUGCGUUCUGUUUUUGAUUGUAUAGUCAUAAUAAAGUUAUAUCGAAUAAGACAACAAUAGCUUAAUAAUAAGGAGUUCAAAAAUGUUUGGGGAGACCAUUCGAGGCUUGCAUAUAUGGGAUCACAAUCGGGGCAAGGUUUUUCUGUUUUGUUUGGUUAAUUAUUUUGGUUAAUGUUGGUCUACCGGAGAUAGGAGCCCAAUAAGGGCUCCGCUGACCGUGAAUGGCAGGUCUCAACGUGGCAUGGUUUGGCUGUGUGUUGGUGACGAGGGGAGCACUUUGCAGGAAUUGCAGAGUGUUGUACUAAGAAAGAGACAAGUAGGGUCCAUGGAACAGCCAAGUAUAUAAUAGUGAAUUACAUUAUUAUGAUUAUUAUUAUUAAGAAACGUAUUUGUGAAUAUAGAGUAAUAGACGUCAAUAAGCUCUUUAUGUCAGGCUGAUUGUUCGUGUGUGUGUAACGGAUGUGAAAUGGCUAGCUAGUUAGCGGGUACGCGCUAGUAGCGUUUCAAUCAGUUACGUCACUUGCUCUGAAACCUAUUAGUAGUGU